AUGUCUUCCUCGCCUCUCAAUAACCCUUCCGUCGGCAUUUUCCUUCCCCCGGAGAUCGCCGCCAACGGCUCGUGGUCAAGCACUCUGAUCGGCACUUGUGAUGAAGCGGACAUAUACGCUAUACAGUGCAUCCAAGGCCCGUUCCCACGAUGUGGAGCAGGAAGCCCUAUUUACAAUGUCACAGAGGCUUUAACCAGGGCUGAGUAUACAGCGACCACGACACGGACGGACGGCACUUCAGUCAUCACACAGAGCUGCAGCCUGACAGGAGGCUACGCGGCACUCUGUGUAGCAACACAUGUCUGGCACCAGUCAAAGACCACGUCAACGGCGGUAGUCACGACAACGAUGGCUGACAGCAAAGCCUUCAGUUCGUUUGUGUCUCCCCUGGGAGUGUCAUCUACUGCUCGAGUGCAGCAAGCUUGUAAUGCUGCAAGCACGAGCCAGCCACGCUGGAUGAUGCUUUCUGCCCUCUUGUGGGCUGAAGCCGUUACGGCGUGUAUCGUCGCUGUUGGUAACUCGGUAGAUGGUAGCAACUCACGGCAUUGUAUGGCUUUGGUCAAAUCAACUAUACAUCUCCUCUGCCUGUUCUCAGUUCUAAAUUUGCCUCUUCGAAGGUCCCGACCAGCCGUUGAACCCCGCGAUGAAGAUGCAGUAUCUGUUCUCGAAGCGGCAGUCGAGUCUGUCGCAAGUCUGCAAUCGUCACAACCUGCCACGGGCAGCUUGCCUACAAGUGCAAUCGUACCAAGCGAAACGUCAGCCCCUUUGUGCGUGCCGUUUGAGGACCCUGACGAGGGGGCAUCCGCGGUAUGCCAGUGCUCUGGCUACGCGGGUAGUCUGCCCACAUUGACAGGGCCCUCACCUUGCGGGUACCAGAGCAUUCCCGCCAGCUCAACCCAAACCAGUACGAUACAGAGCACCGGAGCUCUGGGCUUCCCAUUCACAUCAACGGCCGCGAAUGGUGCUCUUGUAGCAUUCCAAACCACGACAUCCAAUCAGUGGGGACCCGUUCAUACUGGCUCUAGUAUGACCAUCCGAUAUGGUAAAAGGAUGGCAGUGACCCUGGCUUCUGAGACAUCCGUCAACGUCGGCACCCUCACGUCAAGCGCUCUUUACACUGCAGUGUCAUCUGCACUGAUGGCGGCGUGCACAGAUUCUCCCGCCAACGCGCUGUCAGCCUCACCAACGGCGUCUGUCACGGAAUGCGCCCCAGUGCCCACUAUAUCCAAUGUUGUGUACACCGAUGGCAAAGGCGACUGGUACAAUGACGGCGAAAUAGAAAUUUCCAUUCCUACUAUCCAGUAUUUCGAUACCCAGUCGUUGCAAGGCCUCAUUGCCACGAUCGCUGCGUCGCUUGGGCCUAAUUCGAUCACUCCGAACAACACAUGGUCACCGGCACCCCCAUACUGCUCGGGCUUCACUUGCUCAUGGGACACAGUGCAAGGCGAUGUACCUGCCACCAUAUCGAACAUUCCCGGCUUCGCACAAGCCAUUUUCUUGGAGGAUACUGCCGACGCGCCCGGAUGGCCAGCUCAAGACAUGACUGUCGAACUCAAGUUCGCCUUACACAACGGCGGCACUUUCAUUUGCGCCGAUGGAGCUCUAGUCACAGACUCUCUCGCGGCUUUGGCGCUUGUGCCCGGACUGGAUUUCUUAGCGUUUCUGGCAGCUCCAGCUCUGGGCGUCAGCGUGUCGCUGAAUCGUAGAAACGGGAUGAGUUGUUCGUUAUGCGCCGAAUGA